UUGAAAGGCACACAUGAAACGUGUCCGUUGUGCUCGCGGAUGUUGUUACGGGUCGGUGAAGACUGUAAAGCCUCUCAACUUGUUCAAAUCUGUUCUUGUACAGGCAAGAAAAUAGUCGCCAUGGCGUCCGCGCUGCCCAUUAAGAUUGGAAUAAUCGGUGGUUCAGGUCUUGAUGAUCCAGAUAUCUUAGAGGGAAGAACCGAGCGCUACGUUGACACACCGUAUGGAAAGCCAUCAGAUGCCCUGAUUCUGGGGAAGAUAAAAAAUGUAGAAUGUGUGCUCCUGGCUCGGCAUGGGAGACAACACACCAUAAUGCCAUCCAAUGUGAACUACCAGGCCAACAUCUGGGCCCUCAGAGAAGAAGGCUGCACACAUCUGCUGGUCACCACAGCCUGCGGCUCACUGAGGGAAGAGAUUCAGCCCGGAGAUAUCGUCAUCAUAGAUCAGUUCAUUGACAGGACCACCAAGAGAUCUCAAACGCUGUACCAUGGGCAUCCCACCAGUCCUCCAGGUGUGUCGCACAUCCCCAUGGCUGAGCCUUUCUGCAACAGAACCAGAGAGGUUUUGGUGGAGGUGGCGCGUACUCUGGGGAUAAAGUGCCAUGUGCGAGGGACAAUGCUGACCAUCGAGGGGCCUCGCUUUUCCUCGCGGGCAGAAAGCCUGAUGUUCCGCCAGUGGGGCGCCGACGUCAUCAAUAUGACCACGGUGCCAGAGGUGGUCCUCGCCAAGGAGGCCGGCUUGUGCUAUGCCAGCAUCGCCAUGGCAACAGACUACGACUGUUGGAAGGAGCACGAAGAGGCGGUCUGUGUUGACAACGUACUGAAGACGAUGAAGGAGAACGCCAACAAAGCCAGCAGUAUCCUGCUUACUGCAAUACCCCAGAUUAGUCAGAUGGACUGGGCUCACACAAUGAAGACCUUGAAAUCAAUGGCACAGUCUUCAGUAAUGCUGCCAAAGCACUAAACAUCUUGAAAAAAAUGAAGCAGAGAAAGGAUACCAGACUACGCCCGCACAAACUCCAACACACGGCAACACACUCAACUUUGCUGGUGGAUUCGUCAUCAGUGAAUCACAAGAAAGUGCCUCACAUAAAUAAUGCACAUGAUGUGUUUCCAGCUGGACUUUCUGUGUUUUUUGUCUCAGCUUGAAAAUACACAAGCACAGUUGCACUCCAAAUUAUUCAACCCCCAGUUCCAAUUUGGGUUUUAAGUACUAUCUACAACUUUUAAGUUGUUUGGAGUAAAUUUAACAUACAAGUGGAUUGUAAACUGCUGAAUGUAACCAAUAAUACAAGGGUUUUCUCUAAAUUCCACACAAAAUGUUCAUUUUAAUAACUAGUGCAGGUUCAAAAUUAUUCAAAGGAAGGAGCAUUCCUUAUAAAGACACACAAUUGCAAACCAAGUGUGGUUAAUAAUGCCCCAAGCUUUUAUAACGUGCGUGAAAGCUAACAUUAGUACUACAGUUGCAAAUUCUCUUUUCUACAUGCUUGGAUUUGCAUCUUAUAGUUUAAUAUUGUAUCAAAGUCAAGAACACUGCCCUAAAAAAAAUAAGAAAAAUGUCAAUGUCCGUGCAUAAGCACAGAAAUGGAUCCAAAAAGGUAGCAUGUGCACUAAAUUGUUCUAAGGAUAUUUUUGAAAGCGCAGUUCGCUAGUUAAUAGGUUUACAUGAAGUGGCAGCACUACCUGACCAGGGAGAAAGAAUAACUUAACCACCACUACCCGCAGAUUUCUAUGGAGACAAGUGGCAAAAUAGCUUGAAUGACUAUAAAAGAGCUACAAUAAGAUAUUCCGACAUCAGGAACUAAUCAGUAACUGAUAUUUAGUUGGUACAGUAAGAUACAACUUCACACCAAAGAGCUUCUUCAGCUACUCAAAGAUGGGAAUGUCUAUUGACCCACAGCAAACACAUAAAAAUCAGCUCAAAAUUUCUUAACACCAUUUACAUAGUCCAUAGCCGUUUUGUAAUCAUAGUUUCCAAAGCGUUGAAAGAAAAUAAGAACUUCUGUAGGCCUGUGAUUUAUCAGUAUAUAUGGCUGGAGAGGGAAGAUGACAAUACACCCAAUCUACAGUAAGGCAUGACGGUGGCCGAACGCUGUUCUUGGCCUGAUUGGCUUCAUCAGGUACUGCAAAACUAUAAUAAGUAGAAAACGAGAUGAAUUUGAGCAAAUAUCAGAAAAUCUCAGAAGCUAAUUUCAUGCAGACAUUGAAUAAGAUGAUGCUUGGGGACGACAUUUGGCUUUACAGCAACAAGACCAUGCUUACAGUAUCACACUGUCUACUAAGGCUGGGUUUCCCAAGACAUCCUAGAAUAUUCUAGAGUGGUAUUGGUAGUUGAAGGAUUGAAAUCUCACGGGAAAUCUUUACUGGGAUUUGGUGAAGACAGUUGCAGCAGACAUACUCAAGAAUUAUGCUGAACUAGGACACUUCCCCAUGAGGAAGGAACUCAGAUUCUUUGUUUGGAUUACCAGAAGGUAUUGUUUGGUUAAAUAUCGUAUUUGCAAAAGGUUAUAACAGUCAUAAAAUGCUCCAGCAAGUUUCAAAGACACUUGUCAUUAGUCACACUUGGUUUGCAAUUGUGUGUCUUUAUAAGGAAUGCUCCUUGAACCUGCACUAGUUAUUAAAAUGAACAUUUUGUGUGGAAUUUAGAGGAAAACCCUUGUAUUAUUGGUUACAUUCAGCUGUUUACAAUCCACUUGUUUGUUAAAUUUAUUCCAAACUUAAAAGUUGUAGAUAGUACUUAAAACCCAAACUGGCACUGGGGAUUGAAUCAUUUUGAGUGCAACUGUGACUCCGCUCUGCAUACUGACUCACGGACCACUUUUUCAUUUUUUUCUGGAAAUGUUUACUGUCAUCUUGUCACAUAUUUGGGUAGAAAUAUUAAAUAAAAAAAGAUCAACAGAAGAUUUUAAGUCGUAGGAUUCUAAGUAGAUAUUUUGUGGCUUUAUUUUUUUGUCGCCUGUACAUCAAAUUUCUACAUUUGUUGCCUGGAAGCCGUUGGUGUCUUCACUUCUGUUAAUACAGGAUCUGAGAAAAGAACGCUUUAGCACAUGAGUACUUUCCUACUGCCUUAGUUGCAACACCAACUUUUCCUUUUUAAAGCUGAUGUCUUGCAGUAAAACCCUUACAACGCCUGUACACACUUCUACAAGUCUUAUUAAUACCAGGAAUGUUUCUGUCUUUGCUUGUCAGGGACCCUUUUUUAAUAUUUUGUGGAAUGCUUUUGUUUUUAUUUCCUCUUUGGAGAUGUUUGAGGAAUAAGAACCACAUUUUAUUUAGGAUAGAAUCUGCACUGUACAUGCAAACCCUUUUCCAGCUUUAAUUAGAAAAUAACAGCAUUUGACAGGUACAGGUACGGACUGCAUUUACACCUGAAAAUGUUUGAUAUAUUGUACAAUUUUGUCAUCAUGUACUGAAAUGAGCGUUUUUGUAAGAGUGUUUGUCCUUUUUGUUACUUCUCAUGUUAGGUCUGUAUUCAUUUCAAUGUUUUUUUGUUUUUUUUUAUCAUAACGCACAAAACAUGUAGCCUCCUUGUGUUCCCUCUAUAUUGCAUUUUUCCAACAAUAACAAUACCUUAUGUAUCCUAAAUACUCUCCAAAAAGUAUUCAAUGAGUUGUUGUCAUGCUUAGACCAGUUGAUAAAGAUUAAUACUUGAAUAACUUGGACUGAUUUCAUGCAUCUUAAUUGCAAUUGCAGUUAAAAAUGUUUUAUUUGUCACAUCUACUAAGCACUAAAGUACAUUUCUGGUCUUGAUAUAAAGUGUUUGCAUUGAUUUCAGGGUAUGAUUUGAGUCUGAACACCCUCUACUUGAUAUGUGAUGAUGCUGGAGGAAGCUGUCGGCCGUGCUCGUGUUAAAAUAGACCAAUAAAGCUUGAUUCCGGA